GCUGCAUGGACUUUUUCCGAGGCAUGCGACGUGAGCUUGAUGGUCACUUCUCAAGGAUAUUCGGUCCGUUGUAUAUCGAGAACGAGAACCAGCUUUCUAUGGUGGUUGGCUGGAUGCUCAUGAUCAGUAGUCGCGACCAAAAGGCGUUAGAGCAGUACAAAAAGAAAGCACCGGGUGACAUCCAGAGCCUUUCAAUUUUCACGGGUGCUCGAGUGAUGAAGGAGUUGAUCCUUAAAAGCGGUGAAGUGGAAACCCAGUAGCAUCCACUUCGUCUCAUUGUUUUUGAUUUGGGCCAGCUUUGAUGAUGAACCGAUCUUAGAUUGUUCAGUUUGUCCUCACGUAGCAGGUUUCCAAUCAUGGCAUAUGUUUGUUUUAUUCAGGAAGAGGUAGAGGUGGCUUUCCGUCUCCUUGCAAGAGUUUAAGAUCAUUCUACUUUUUAUCAAUACCUUUGUCUGACGCUAUCAUGUAACAGAAUGUAUACCUCGUGCUACAAUUAAACACUCGUGAUAUCAAGUUCUUCAAAAUACCUGGUAGUGCCUCCCUAAAGAUAUGUGUUCUAGUAUGGCUGCUCUUCUUUCAACGGCAUGCAUCUAUGUAUCUUAUCCUUAGCCUUGGUUCUUUUAACCCAAUCAUGUGCUAUUUAUCAACGGAUAUCCGUUGGAGGUUAAACAUCAG